AUGUUCCGCGUCUGCCCCACCACCGUGGAUGACGAACGACCGGAGCUGGCGGGCAUGGGCUGGAAUGCCUCACAUAGCUGGGACUUCUGCGGCGAACGCUUCGGGGAAGACAACUGGAAGCCUGCUACGACUGAGACCUCGGUACAUGAGGAGAUCAGUGAGCCGUUGCCGCCACCAGCGGCCCCGGAGCUCCCUGAGCGGGAGGCUGAGCCUCCAGAGGAGCUCCGUUUGGGAGACAUCGAAGAGCCCAUCGGCUAUAUGGUCCCACCGGUGCCUGCUGCGUCUGCACAGGAGUUGACUACCCAUCCGAGUGAUCAGAUGGAACUCCAAGCAGCACACGCUGCGCAGGCGUCCAUGCCGUGCAUUUGGUUGCCAUGGAGGACCAGCUGCGGCCACGGAGCCCGCCCUGCGCGGGGCUCGCGCCCGAGACGAAAGGCCCAAGCCUGGGCUGAUUUCCUGGUUUGUACCUCAUAA